UUAGAUUUCUUGUAAGUUUUGUAAGAAUAGAAAUAGGAUAAUAAUGGUUCAUAAGUUGUCACUGAAGUCCCUACUCCAGACAGCGGAUAGGGAGCAUAAUCCAUUAGCCAUGUCUGACGAGCAGAUCUUGGAGCAAAUAUACUCAACACAUGUUCAUAGUGACACUAAGUUUGAUGUGGAUUCUCUCUUCACUCUUGUUUACACUACCCUUAGGCGUUCAACUUCCAUUGUUGAUAAUUUUUUUGAGGGUUCUAAAUCGAUGAUGGAACAUAUAGACGACAAGAUGCCCCUAGCCAAUUUUAGUUCACCUCAUUGCACACUCAAGCAAAUCUAUUUCGAGAUGUGUUGCAAGCCUCCAGGUGAGGAAACAGCUCACAAAACGGCACUGGUGAUACUAAACAAGCUCUCAAACUAUGAGUGGGAUGCAAAGGCAGUGAUCACACUGGCCGCAUUCGCCCUCGAGUACGGUGACUUUUGGCUGUUGGCUCACCAUCAGCCAACAGACCUUUUGGCCAAAUCAGUGGCGGUACUCAAGAGAGUGCCGUUACUGACUCGGCCAGAAUACGUGCAGAAGCACCGGCAGGCCAUCAUUGAGGUCAACAAUCUCGUGAAAGCGACAUUGCAAGUGAUCGAGUUGAUAUUCGAGUUGGAGAAGUUUUCCUCUUAUGACACUAAAGAUGUGCCUGCUUUGGUGCCUGCUAGAGAGCACAUCCCUGUUGAUGUAUACUGGGCUAUCAUCACUGUUGUCACUAUUGUUAGUCAGAUUGAUUGUCUCACCACCCAAUCGGAGAAGAAGCAGGAACUGUAUCAAUAUGGACAAAAAUUAAACUUCAUACUUGGGAGACUUGGGAAGCAGAUCACGCUCUGUAGGCAUGAGAUUGAGGAAGCAGAGUAUUGUCGUAAGCUUAGGAAACUUUUCCAAACUCCAACGGAGAUAAUGGAGGUGUUUAAGGUCCUCGUUUUCUCAAAGGAUGCACCACAGCCAUUGUUCGAUUGUGCUACUAAAACAACGAUUGACAUUGAAGUGUUAAAAAGGAAGCAUGUAUACCUUUUCAUUUCAACUCUAGACAUCACAGAGGAAGAGAUUUCAGUACUCAGAGCAGUUCAUGAAUCCAUCAAGACAGAUGAACAAUAUAAGAUUGUUUGGGUUCCAAUAGUUGAAGAAUGGACCGAGAAUCUUCGAAAGAAAUUCGAGGUUCUGAAGGCUAAGAUGCAAUGGUAUGUGGUUCAACACUUGGGAAGCAUAGCAGGCUACAAGUACAUCAAGGAGGAAUGGCACUUCAAGAAGAGUCCCAUGGUUGUGGUUUUGAACCCUCAAGGCAAGGUUCAGCAUACAAAUGCAUUCCAUUUGAUUCAGGCUUAUGGAAUGAAGGCCUUUCCCUUUACCUCUGUGGAAGAGGAGAGAAUUCACAAUGAAAUUCAUUGGGUUGGUCCUGUGGUUGGUGAUAUUCACUCCAACAUUGACACUUGGAUAAGAGAGCAGAAAUACAUAUUCUUCUAUGGAGGCAAAGACAAAGAAUGGAUCCAACAAUUCAGCAAGACUGCUGCAGCGCUUGCAAAUGAUCCUGUCAUAAAGGACUUAAGAAUUUCCAUAGAACUCUUCUGUGUGGAAAAGGAAGACAAGAACCUGUUCAGCCGCUUCUGGAACCGUAUAGAGAGCUUGUUUGUGACGAAGGCUCAUAAGGCAGUUGAUAGUGCGAAACAAGAAGUGCAGAGAAUGCUGUGUUACAAGUACGAGAGCGGAUGGGCCCUGCUCAGCAAAGGGUCGUCGGUGGUGGCGAGCGGCCACGGAAGCACAAUCCUGAAGACUGUGACGGAGUUUGAGAAGUGGAAAGAGGUUGUGAGGAAGAAGGGGUUUGAGACUUCAUUCAGAGAGUAUCAUGAGAGGAUUGUGCGCUCCACUCACAGAAAGAAAAGAUUGCUUGGUCUCGCCUCCGCUGCUGGAACCAGCUUAAGGAGGCUCUGGAAAAAGGAUUCAUAAAUAAUGAACCCAUGAAGAGUCACAAGACAGUAACUAAUAAAAUUUCCUUUGCACAUGCAUGAAGAUUCCACCAACUUUUGUUUAUUUAUUUACGGUGGUAGUGGAGCAAGUGUAAAUAUAUAUUUAUUAUGUGGAGGUCUUAGAUGCAACAUAAGCUAGAAGGUACAAGCUAGGCACAUAAAGCCAAGGACAUAAGCUAGGACUACUCCACAAGACAUUGUAAUUUGUAAACCAGGGGAUGGAAGUAGGUAACUUCACCGAUUUAUAUAGUCUAUAAAUAGGCGUUGUGAUUUGUGACAUUGUUUAUUAAUGUGUCAAGUAUAGAUUUGUGACUUCAUAUAUACGUAGUAAUUAAGAGUAAAUAUAUAGUGUAAGAGAUUAUAAUCUGUCCACUUAUUAGUUAAGUAUUUUCCG